GCUUGUGCCCGCUGGGGGCAGCAGCAGUAGUUUGGGCGAAGUCUGAUACAGUGACAGUAGUAGAAGAAGAAAGUGUUUGACCGACUGGCGGAUCACAGGCUGCUGUGAUCGUGACGCCAGUAGUCAGAUCGAUCUUCAUCAGAGAGGCAGAGUCUGGAGACCGAUCGACAGGACAUAUCUGAUCGGUCGAGCUGUGGUCCCUCUGAAGUGAACCUGCUCCUUAGCAGCCUGCUGCUGCACCGUGCUGAGAUGUGUGAUCAAAAAAAAAAAGGUGUUGACCUCGGAGACGAUGAAGACGAGCUGUCAGUCAGUGAUGACUCUGAGCCUGAGGAGAGACCCACCAUGGCGCCGUUUGACCCUGAGCUUGACCACAGUGAUGAUGAUGAUGAUAAUGAAGAGGUGUGCUGUGCUCCUGCUGGCCUCAGAAAUCAGGCUCAGUUCAGUCUGAGAGGAGGUAGCUCAGCCUUCUCCAACCGCUCCCAAAGCAUCUUUGACUGUCUGGACAAUGUGGCCCGGCCCCCCUCCUCCACCUCCUCCUGCCCCUCCUCUUCUUCCUCUUCUUCCUCCUCCUCUGUGAACCAGCAGAAAGAUGGAGUUUUUGCUAGGCCUCAGGCUCCGCCCCCCAGCAGGAAAACUACCCAGCCUCCACUGAGCCCCCCCAACCCGGUCAAGAGGAGGGGAACCCCUGACUACCUGCUUAAUCCAGAGCGCUGGACCCACUACAGCCUGGAGGACACCAGUGAGACAAGUGACCAAGGUAACACCAGGGCUGCCCUCAGCUUCCUGUCCACUCUGCAGGAGAGGAAGGAGGAGGACAGGAAGCAGAAAGAGGAGGCAGAGCGCAGCUGCAGUGACUCCUCCCCCUGUAACCUCCAGAAAAAGAUGAUCUUCAGCAGACCCAGCAGGCCGAAGAGAGAACAACCUAUGGUGAGGAGCAGAGAGAAGGAGACGCUCCUUAGUCAUCUGCAGGAAGAGGAGGUGGAGGGCAGGGAGACACAGAAGGCUGGAGAAAGGAGAACAGAGGUGGAGGAGAAACACGCUGAGAAUCAAAAAAAGGAGGAGGAGCAGGGACAGAGACAGAGAGAAAAGGAGGAGGAGGAGGAGAAAGUGGAGUCCGGUCCUGUGUUCACCUCCUUCAGGAGGAUGAGCAGUAAGAACUACAGGAGGAGUUCAGUGAAGGAGGAGUACUGAACAGAGCUCUCUCUCUGAAAUAUAAAACUCUGCUGUUGUUAUGUUGUUCUCCUCUGAAUGAUCUCAUUCAUCAGGUGAACCCGAUCAAUCUGCACUGAUGACUGUGUGGGCGGAGUCAGGAAUGAAUCCUGUCUUACCUGUAGCCCCACCCAGCUGUGAUGUCACCAAGUCUGAAAGCGUCAGUCAGCACAAAUUUCUGUAAUCUCUUUGAUGUGUUCAGAAUAAACACAAGCGUGAAUGAUG